CCAAUUUCUAACCGGAUAGUAUCGUUAUCCUUGUUGUUUGCAUGCAUCUCCUUUCUUCUGGUUUGCGUGGUCCUGGAGUCAGCGUUAGUGGCGUGGGGACACUUAUGGUUCAGGAAGAACAUCGCGCCCGUGAGGAUCCAAGGCGUGCAUCUAGGUCUUGGAACACUCUUCCCCCAGAUAUCAUAUACGAAGUUGUCCAAUACCUUAUCCCGCGUCACUUGUACCCCGGUGAUAAUGGCUACUCAUCUUCUUCCCCGAAAUUUGUGACGAGGUACAUCCAGGAACGUGCCAGUUUCGCGUCUCUCAUUCUCGUCUCCCGUAAUUGGGUCGACCCUGCGAUGCGUGGCCUCUAUCGUGAAAUCACAAUAUUCAUUUGCACCGAAGCGUCCGUAUAUUUACUACGCGAAUCCCUCAAGUCUCAUGGGAACCUCGUUCGAACCAUUAUUCUUGACUCCCGAACCCGUCAUUUGAAGGACCGACCAUCUCUCAUAGGCAGGGUUCCUGAUCAGCUUGCUCGGUUCAAUCAGAGGGCUAUGUUGUUAAACGAAAUUUUAGCAUCAUGUUCGCACCUGACAAGUUUGGAGAGUUUUGGCUGGCAUGACGAUGCCUUUGCCGAACUCGCUCAGUUCAAUGACAACUUUGAAACUGUCAUCGGUCCUUCAUCUUCCGUGAAGCAUUUUACGUGGACGAUUGGGGGUUAUUCACACGGGUUGCGCUGUGCCCUCCGGCACUUUUCUCAGACAUUAGAAUCCUUGAUUAUCUAUGAUUGGGAUCCAAUUACUUCUGUGUACAGAGAUAGCCGGCCUUUCACACCCGUCUCUCGCCUUCCUGGCCUUCCGCGACUUUCAGAACUUCGUCUUAAAAAGGCGUCAGACUCCAAAUUGCCUCAUUUGCUUGAACUUCUCAAAUGCACGGAAUAUCUCGGGGAAGAUGGAAACACCACUUCUCGUUUACGUGUCUUAGAGGCGGAAAGACCAUACUUGUUGACGCCCAAGGACUUUCUGUGGAUGAUACGAAUGACAAAAGCAUUUUCCAACCUCAAAACGCUUAUUAUCACAUGUGUUCCGUCCCGCUCAAAGCCGUUCCAUAUCACCGGUACAUGGGAGUGGUAUGAUUUUUCCGAACUCCCCGGUGCACUUUUUCAAAGCUCCCCACAUUUAGAAGAGCUCUCGCUCCUCAGUCCAAUUCCGCUCUCUUCACUCUUAAGCCCUCCUGAAACACUCCGCACAGUUCGUACUCUGAUUUGGCGGAGUUAUUUUGGGCCACACGAGUUCAUGCGCUUCCUGAACUCUCCAUCGAGCCGAAAUCUGACGCUUAUCGAACUACAGCAUACCUCGAGGACUGCGAUGGCCAAGUGGAAAGUUGAGAUGGAAACUGUGUUGCGAGUUGGACGUGGUCUUGGAACAAACAUCAUUAUCCCCGCCGAAAUCUAUCCCGAGCCCAAAUUCAGACAACCUGGUGCAAUAAUAAACAGAAACACGCGCUACAGUCACUAGGAGAAACCCCUUAGGCAGAACCUCGCCGGAAACAGUUGGAACGAGGAGCGAAGCUCCUCAACCUCGCUACAGUCACAGGCGCAAAUUGCAACCAGGCAAUUUUUGCGUUUCAAUCACCCUCAAAGCGCUCGUUCGGGAAUCGAAGCGUCAAAAAUCGGUGACGUGGGUGGCAAAUAAAGAAGUCGUGAGGACCC